AUGAUCCUCUCACCGAUGACAACAAUCAAUGCAACAUCAUUAUCUCCUUCAUUUAGUCGAAAAAGAAAUCUCCCAACUCCUCCCCCAUCACUUUCCGACGUCAACGAUUCGUCGUCAUGUUCUUCGCUGUCGUCUUCUUCUUCCUCUUCGAUACUAAUAACAACAACAACAACAACAACAACAACAGCACAAAAUGAUACGAUUUCGACAAUACCAACAUGUGAUCUACUUAACAUUCUAACUGAUGUUCGUUUUCGUCCAGUUUUUCAAGCGAUCGACGAGAUCAAGCGGCGUAAAUGUCGACCCGAUUUCGAACGUAUAUUAAAAUAUGUUGCUAAACGUUACACAGGAACAAAUCCGUCUGAUCAGCGAAAAGAAAUUCUCUCUAUACUUGACGAUCUCUUGAAGUAUGGCAUCAUCACUAAAGUAUUCCACAAAGGCGGCUUUACAAUCCGAAUGAAAAAUGAAAAAUAUGCGAAGUUAAUUGAAAACAUGAAUAUCUGUUACAAUCAGAAAACACCAACAGCAACACCAAUGAACCCACAAGAAGCAAUGGCAGCCGCCGCCACAGCUCUUGCGGAACAAUCCAUGUUGAAUUCCGACGAUAUUUAUAAUCAUCAUAAGCGUGAAACUCCAUCACCAGAAUUUGCCGUUUUCAUUACAGAAUCGUUGCCACAAAUGACAAAAGAGAAUAAUCUUGAUUCGAGCCAAAAGAAACGUACGCGUAGUCAAACAUAUCCGAAUAAAACGAAAAAAUCUCGGCUAAGCAAAACACCUGAGUUAGUGCCUGAGUCGGUUUUUCGUCCACCUCUAUUGACGAACAAUAACCUACCUCCAAUUACAAUUGAACAGUUACUUGGAUUACGUGGUGGUAUUCCCGACGUCCAUCGUUGGACAACGGAUGAUUUAAUUAAAUUUUUUCAUCAACAAGGCUAUGACUAUGCAUCGAUUCUUUUGAAUAAGUAUCAUGUCAAUGGUGAUAAACUCUAUGAACUGAAACGUGAAGAAGUAUUUCAUAAGUCGACAUUGAAAAUUGGCAAAGCUUUGAAAUUGUGGAAUGUGAUUGAACAAAUUCAACGGAAUACUGUGUCAUUAUCGUCUUAA